UUUCAUUUUAAACCCAUUUCUCUUCAGCAGCUUAUUCCAGCAAUCAACACUACGAAUUUGCACCCAAAGCAAAGGAAAAAGGAAGGUUUCUAAGCCUUCUUUUUUUUUUUUUCAUUUCGCUCUUCUCUUCCCCAUUGUCGGUGGAAUUUAGAUGAUGUCUUUUCUCAAUACAAAUGAUUUGACAAGCAUUUUCAGAAACACAAAGUUGGAUACACUCAAAGUCUCCAUGAGUUGGUGAGCUGAGAGAGAGAAAAAGAAGAAGAAGAAGAAGAAGAAGAAGAAGAAGAAGAAGAAAAGAAAAAAAUGGUUGAAGGACAGGAAAUCAGAAAGGGUCCAUGGACAGAACAAGAAGACAUUCAGCUGAUAUGCUUUGUGGGCUUAUUUGGAGAUCGAAGAUGGGAUUUCAUUGCAAAAGUUUCAGGUUUGAAGGUGGCGGGAGACAGUUGAUAGGAUUGAAUAGAACAGGCAAAAGUUGUAGGCUGAGAUGGGUUAAUUAUCUUCAUCCUGGUCUUAAGAGAGGAAAAAUGACUACUCAAGAAGAAAGACUUGUGCUUGAACUUCACGCCAAAUGGGGAAACAGAUGGUCCAAAAUUGCUAGAAAGUUACCAGGUAGAACUGAUAAUGAAAUCAAGAACUACUGGAGAACCCAUAUGAGGAAGAAAGCACAAGAGAAAAGAAGGGGUUUAUCUGCAUCUUCUUCUUCAUCAUCAUCGUCGUCCUCAUCAUCGUCAUCUUCUUCAUCUUCUUCCUUCAACAACCCAGCAAAGGAAUUUCCUGCAGAUACAGGACCAGUGAAGUUUUUUGAUUCAGGUGGGUCUGAAAUAUCAGCUUCAUCCUCAACAAAGAAGAAGAUUGAAGAGAAUCAAGAACUGGGCGGCGGUGAUCAAAAUGGAUACACCAUGGAUGAUAUAUGGAAAGAUAUAGAGGUAUCAAAUCAUGAGAGUUUGAUUAUGAAUCAAGAUGUGUAUAGUGAAGACAAUAACUUUUCUUGUCCUGCUUUGAAUUCUGCUGCUUCUUCAUGGGAGGAUUAUUACUGUGGGGAUUCACUGUGGAAGAUGGAGGAAGAAGAAAGUAAGCUAAUAUUCUCUGGGUGGCCAUGUCUUGGCUUAGCUCAGCCUAAUCAGAAUUUUUUCUAUUGAAUUUUGUGUAUAAAUAUGUAGUGAUUACUUCUUCUGUUGUCUAAGUUCACUAAUGUGUUUAUUUAGCUGUGUCCUUGUUCAUACUACAAACUAAGUUAAAGAAUAAUGGAAAGUGAUGGAUUUAGAUCCAUUUUUCCA